GAAUCGUUUGCGUUUUGCCUCAAAACUGAGAUAUAGACAUAGAUAGAGAGAGAGAGAGGGAGAGAGAGAGAUAAAGAAACAACAGAACAAAAAAAAAAAAACCCAUAUAUGUAAUUCUCUCUCAUACCUAAGCUGGUUUCUCUCUUAUCUCUCUCUAUCUCUCUCUCACAGAUUCAGCCUCUGAUUUCUUUUGUUGGGUCAAUUUGGAUUUGCAGAUUUUUGUUAUAUGGAUUUGCUUGGAUAAAUUCAUUCAAGAGCAUUUUGUUGCGUAUAUGGCUUAUUAAAUCUAGUGCUUGAGACUACUGUGCCUGAUAAUUGAACUAUGUUGUGCUGCGGCGGAGGGGAAGAGGAAAAUGACGGACCGCCCGUGAAUCAAUACACGGCCCCACCUAGAGGGGGGAAUCCUUAUGGUGGUGGUAGCGGAAGAGGAGAGCCAAAGAGUUCUGCUGCUGUAAGAAGUGGAGCUCCUCAGAAAGUUUUACCCAUUGAGAUACCAGCUUUUCCAUUGGAUGAGUUAAACAAGUUGACUGGCAACUUUGGACAAAAAGCUUUGAUUGGGGAAGGUUCAUAUGGCCGGGUCUUUUUUGCAACAUUAAGCACUGGCCAGCAGGCAGCAAUAAAAAAGCUGGAUACCAGUUCUUCACCCGACCCAGAUGAUGAUUUUGCUGCUCAGUUAUCGAUAGUGUCAAGACUUCAGCAUGAGCAUUUUGUGGAGUUGAUGGGGUAUUGUUUGGAGGCAAAUAAUCGGAUCUUGGUGUAUCAAUUUGCAACAAAGGGUUCUUUACAUGAUGUAUUACAUGGAAGGAAAGGUGUACAAGGGGCUGAACCAGGUCCGGUUCUUAGUUGGAGCCAGAGAGUUAAAAUUGCUUAUGGUGCAGCAAAAGGCCUCGAGUAUCUACACGAAAAGGUCCAGCCUCCUAUUGUUCAUCGUGACAUCAGAUCAAGCAAUGUCCUACUGUUCGAUGAUUUUUUGUCCAAAAUAGCUGAUUUCAACUUGACAAAUCAGUCUUCUGACACUGCUGCUCGACUGCAUUCCACAAGAGUUUUGGGGACAUUUGGCUAUCAUGCUCCAGAGUAUGCCAUGACAGGGCAGAUAACUCAGAAAAGUGAUGUUUACAGUUUCGGAGUUGUUCUUCUAGAGCUUUUAACAGGGAGGAAGCCAGUAGACCAUACAAUGCCCAAAGGACAGCAAAGUCUUGUCACUUGGGCAACUCCAAGACUGAGUGAGGAUAAAGUGAAGCAAUGUGUUGAUCCCAAGCUAAACAAUGAUUACCCACCGAAAGCAAUUGCCAAGAUGGCAGCAGUUGCAGCACUUUGUGUUCAAUAUGAAGCAGACUUCCGGCCAAAUAUGACAAUUGUCGUCAAGGCUCUCCAGCCGCUUCUCAACUCGAAACCAGCAGGCCCAGACUCUCAAGCAUAGUAGAUGUAUGAUCUCAAAAAGUAGUCGAAGCACAGUACUUUUGUAUCUUUAAAUUUGCUCUCCACUGUUUGAAAUUCUUGUUUGAAUUGUUCUACUUCAGUUAAGACACAGUUUCAACCAUUAUUAACUGUUUCCAGGAAUAGUUUUUAUUUAUUUGUGCCAAGUCUUAAUAAAACUUAA